AUGGAACAACGCCAUGGGAAGCUCUCCAGGCCGCCGCCGAGUCUGGAAAACCCCGCUGCGUGUGGCCAAUGUGAUAGCGAACAGAGCACACUAAGCACAAGUGUGGGAUGCCUGAGUCCGUGCUGCGGAACAGUUGCAACGACGACGGCUUCCGUCAGUCCAGUCGUUGACGAAAGCCCUUCUUCAGCGGGGAACAGCAGCACUAGUCAUCCCGGUAGCACUGCGUCGUCACGCGUGGACAAGGCGGAUCCUGAGGGCCGCGACGAGGGGUUAGUGGGGAGAGGAAAAAACAAGCACACCGAGCUUCUCUUUCACCCAGCCUCAAGACGCCGGCCAACCUUGAGCGCCCAGUUUCUCCUCAAGGCAUCUAACUACUCGUCCCAAAAUGUCAACUACUCGAGUAGGGGGUCCGCAACUCCCGCAAAUGUCGGGCGGUUGUCGGAUGCGCUCGACUCAAUAGCGCGAGAAAUGAAAAGACUAGAUGGGCGACGUCGACUUACAGCUUCGUCGUUGGUGCCGUCCAUUCUUGCGGAGCUCAACUUGAGCCCGCGAGCGGAUGCGCGCGCAUUGAAACAUGCUCGACGGGGUCUGCACUUGUGGUCUCCUCGCGCGCAGAGUAGCUCCGCCAAGACGUCACCGCACCCCUCGGAUUUCGCGGGGAAGCUGGAUAUGCUAACGAAACAGCUCCUCGUUUUCUCAUAUUCGUUCGUGGCGUUUCAUACUCUGGCCCUCCACUUCUGCCCCUCCCUCUACUCAGCGCUUCGCUUCGGCCCUCAACUCAACACCAAUCCUCUUCUCCAGCAGCCCCAUCCCGAUUCACUCUUCGGAUUUUUCUUCUUCUUCAUCAACACGUCGAUUCACGUCUUCGUGAAACGCGGAGUCAGUGCAGCUCUCAUCCAUGCAGGCCUUCUCCACCUGGCAAGACUUGUAAUCGUGAGGGGAACGGGACCACAGAAGUCGCUAUCGAGAAAGAAGGGGAUUGCGAAGGUUCAUGCGCAAUUUUUGCCGCCGGCGGUCCCCUUUAUGUCCAGUAGAGAGCGGAAUCCACAACGUAUUAUGACUGCUGACGGGUAUGUCGGCUCGGCUGCGCAGUCCCCUGCCUGCGCGCCUAAAUCAACUUGCAUUGCCAGUGCGAUCGGUGAUCCCUCUCCACUAGCUUUUUCAGCUGCAUGGGGGCCGAUUGAGCGCCCUAGAAAGCCUGAAACGGUACGGAACCUUCGCGCACACGGCUUGCCAGAAGCAAAGUACUUGGCAGCUGCCCACGCUCGGUGUCCAGGAGAAAUUCGACGGCGAAUGCGGUUUGUCUCACGUGUUCUAGCAGUGGCUUGCUUUCUCUCCCUCUUCGUCACCAUAACAGCGUUCCUCUGGGGAGGUUGGCCAGCAAAGGCCGUGGGGUUCCCAGAUAUUUAUCUCGGUUCCCUGACAAAAAAAGGCAGUUUCCUCGGGCCGGAAACGCUUCGCUCUGCCCUCCGUUCGCCUACAGCGGAAGCCACUCUUGACAGAAUAAAAACUUUCCGCCAAGAAUCGAUUGUCUCGCCAACUAUGAGUAGCCGAUCUGUGCUGGCGAAAUGGUCCCUCGAUGCAUCGAAGGGUCUGAUGUAUUAUCAGCUUAUCGUGUUCGCUGGUUUCGGGUUCCUCCUCGAUAUUUGGGGAGCGUGGACUAAGGUGCGCCUGAUUCGCCAGUUUCUCAGACCUCGUGACCUCGUUAUUCCAGCCGUUGCCUUUACGGUCGCGAUGAGCUACGCUGCAGUAAAUCUCCACGGUAUCCCAGCUUGCAAUGGCAAUGACAAGCACUGGGUUGAUUUCCGGACCCAGGAGAUGGCGGCGCACGUGAACACACAUACGCACGACAAAGUCAACACGCCGCCUCUGCUCUACUCCGUCUACAUCCCGAUGCGAGAUGGGAUCGAAAUUGCAGCAGACGUUUAUCUCCCCAAGCCUUACUAUGAGACAGCAGAAAAGCUGGCGUCCCAUCAGCAUAGAAUCGAUAUGCUAGACAGAGCCCUGAAGAAGACGACGGAGCGUCUUCAGGUUCUUCACUCUCAAGAUGCUCGAAACAACGACAGAGGAGGCGAUGCUGGACAGGUGAAUCUUGGAGAGGGGCGGGACCCAAAACUGCCGAGAAAGACGGUCUUCAAAAGAUACCAAGAAAUACGGAAUCUCCAAAGUUUUCAAGCACAUGUUGAAAAGCGCUUAAAAGAAGAAAGAGCAGACUAUGACACGAUCCUUGCCUCGGUUAAAAAACUCCCGACCUACCUCGACAUUACCAGAUACAACAGAAGAACUGAGGUCUACUGGCCUUUGUCAAUGCUGCGUAUGUGGAAAAACCCGCGAGGAGCUACGGUGAAUGUAUGGAGUUUCACAGCACAACAAGCCUUCACAGCAAACGGAUACGCAGUUGUAGUUGUCGACUCCAGAGGCACUGGCGCCUCGUUUGGCGAGCGCUACGUGGAUCUGAGUGAGGUUGAAAUUCAGGACUUCUCAGAAAUCGUUGCGUGGAUAAAGAGCCAGUGGUUCUCGAAUGGGAAGAUUGGAGGAGGCGGGCUCUCCUACGACGGCAUGACAGGUCUAAACGCUGCAGCCGAGGGCGGAAUAGAUGCGGUGCUCUCAUUAUUCACGCCUAUGCAUGUAUUUGGAGAUUUGCUUGUACCAGGAGGUGUCAUCUGCUCAUCAUUUCUCAAAGACUAUGCAGGCAUGACGUACGGAUUCGAGCGAACUGGUAGUCCCGUUGCCCACAUUCUGAAUAAUCCGUGGAAAUAUCCACUACAUGUUCUUCUUGGAUUUUCUGUGGCAUUUGGACCUGGUAGCGGCGUGUUUGGCCGAGAAGGAGACUUGGCAAUUGCGAUUGCACGUCACCGCAAAAACUGGGACAUGGCGCACACUAUCAAAAUGGUUGAGUACUACGACGAUGUGGUUACACUGCACAAUAAUGAGACGGCGAGCGCGGCAGAAUUUGGAAUCCACGAAACCGUUAUGAGAAAACUGGCAGAGAGAAAUGUUAGCGUGUAUGUUGUAGGCGGUUAUUGCGAUUCGGCCAGUGUACGCGGUGCCUCACGGUUGUACGACUACAUGAAGCGGAACGCCCCAACUUCCAAAUCGAAAUUACUACUUGGGAGCUGGAGCCACGGAGGAAGAAGAUCGUGCAAUCCGUACGCAGGGAGCUUCCCGUGCUUUGAAGCUGACCAGUAUCUCGACGCAGUUCGCUUCUUUGACUGUCGUCUGAAAGGAGAGUGCUGGGGUGGCAUCGAAGAUGAACCAUCAGUUCACUACUGGCAGGUUGGUGCUGAGGAGUGGCGGACAUCAGAAUACUUCCCCCCUGAGAGACAGAUGAGUUAUGUAGACUUUCACUUGAACAAUGAGAAGUUUGUGAAUCUGAAUCGCUUGGAAUGCAAGCGAACCUCGUCGGGGGCUUCGCUUCUUGCUCUCGGAAAGCCAGCAGAUGUAUGUCUCUCUCCACAGUUCUCUCUAUCUCUGGGUGACAAUGCGGCUCCCAAGUGCCCGCUACCCACGUCUCCGUUCACAGUGCGGACGCCUGGGGCCCGAGGCGUGAGCGAGAGGACGGCUAAGCAGCCGCGAAAGCUGGAUGAGAAUGACAUCAAAAGAAGGAAGAGCGAACAACAGUCUACGACUCUCGCGAAACAAAAGCACGGGACCGACGACACACAUGGGUCUUCAUCCGCUCACUCUUCCGCUCAGCCGUCAACCCCUCAUUCGGCGGACGAGGCGCACAUGGCGUCUCCCUUUAGUCUGCCUGUUCUGCUGCCGGCGACUUUUGAUUUGCGCUUGUCGACAUUUGAGCACCGACUGCACGACCUCGUUCAGAGCAUCACUCUUCAUUGGCAGCAGCUCCAAACGCACGUGGAGCUUCUCUUGCGCCAGGCCCGAGACCACCAGCUGACAACCGAAGACGAGAGAGGGAACCAGAUUCAGCAGCCUCUAACGAUCUCCAGCAUUAUUGGUGUCGCACUUGCUGGCUUUGAGGAGGGAUGGGGCGAAGCCAGCGACGAUUUACACCAUGCCUACCCUCGUCGCACGGCUGCGGCACGAGCAGGGAUUCAACACAGCGCACAUUCCGAAGACACACGAAGAGCAAUCACAAAGAAACCAACUGUUGGAAGACUGAAAGACUCGUUUUCAAUCCUCGAAACAGAUCCUAAUGCGUACAGCAUGAGCCUAGACGCCAGACGCGGCACCGCUCGCUUGCCCGAGGCCUACAUCCGGCCCUCUCUCGCGAGGGAGAUCCCUAUCGCCGCGGGAUCCGAGAAAGAGACGCUCGACAAGAGAGAACCGAGACUCACACUGGCUAAGAAACUGCUUUUGAAAAAGUUCCCAUCGAAACUCUCACCUCGUCUCCACUAUGACGUGGAAUAUUUUGCGACAACUGGAGUCUUCAGUCGCUGGGUAAUUGCACAGCAUCCCUUUCGGCAGGCAAUCCACUACGGGAACCGUCUAUUUGCCCGGCGCGUCCGGCCGGAUUUCCCCAUCAACCUCUCGCCUCUUCCCGGAGCAGGGGGCGAAUCGUUCCAUCCGUCGCCGUUCUAUCUUGAUUCCAUGCACGCGAGCCUUCUUUCCUGGACAUCUGGAGUGCUUCUCGAAGACAUGGAUGUCGUCGGAAGCGCAUGGGUGCACCUACAAAUGUUCGUAAAAAGCUGCACAGACAUAUCUGUCUUCGUCUACCUCGAGGAUGUCGAGGUGAACGGAGGCUACUCGCAUUACGUCACGGAAGGAAAAAUUGUCGUCUCUCAUCGGCCGGUUAAAGUCAAGACAGAGUCGCCUAUUGGCUCCCCGGAUACUGUCUUCAGAUCGUUCACAAAGUCGUCAAGGGUUCCGCUUAACUCAUCGGGGGAGUUGAUCGAGUUUACCAUGCCGCUGGAGCCGGUCAGCUGGACCUUCAAGAAGGGACACUCAAUCCGCCUUUCUCUCGCAGGGAGUGACGUGGAUAAUUUCGAGCCAGCGGUGCAAAACCGGAUGAUCCUGCCUCGUCAGUGGACUGUUAUCACUGCCAACGCGAAGCUUCGCUUGCCUGUCCAUCACACCAACGCGGUUGGCGAUGGUCGAACUGAAGGCUAG